CUGAUAAGAAAUUCCACAGUGUGUGAGAAGAACAACUUUCCACCAGAGUGAAACAGAAAUAAUGCUAAAUAUAGCUGUGCUGCCUUCCCCCUGCGCAGACAACUGUGUAAACACUCUUUCAUUACUUCUGUAUUUUACAGACAGGUUUUUGGAGAUUAUUGAAGAAGCUUUAAGGUAAACUUAUUUAGUAGAAUGCCUAAUUCCAAAAUAUCUUAUUUGACAAAAACAGUUUUUGCCAGAGAAAAAAGAAAAAAAAAAAGAAAAAUCCCCCACGUUUCUAGCUUGAAGUUUCCACCUUUGUGAGGAGAGAGAUAAGAUCUAAAGAGACAACACAGAGAACUGCUUAACAAAAACAUGGCUUUUUAAAUCUAAACUGUUGCUUAGUAAGUGAAUAGAGAAAAUCAAAACCUUUUUUAACUUUUAUAGCAAUGAGCAAGAAACGAAACUAUGUAAGCUUCUUUGAUAAUCUUAAUUUUUCUAUUCUCUUCUCCAUAAAGCAUAUGUCAGAAAGACUGAGAGGUAGAAACUGGUUUUUAGUCAAAUUUUUUUUAAUGCAAAUUGUUGCUAAAAACCAAUUCAGAUGCUUUCAGAACUGUGAAGCUUUUUAAGAAAGAGAAACAAAGAGUCUAAAUACUCUUUCACCCAAAAAUGUUUUGCUAAAAAAGAUAACAGUACCAAUAACAAGCUCAAAAAUAAGACACAACUAAUUAUUAAUUAUAGCCUUGCAUUAAUUUGUUUCAGUUUAUUAUAUUUGGGAAUUCAAAAGACAAAUUCUACCUUGCUCAGAUUCUAUAAAUUACAAAUAUGCAUAAUUUUAAAAGUGUCUAAAAUCGUCCUGAAUUGCAUCUGUUCUAGUCUCUGUGCUAAGCAAUGGAAGUGAGUAGCAACCUUAGACCAAAGCUGCUGCUUUCCCAAGAAGCAUCCCUAAUCCCCUGACAUGCUCCUAUAAAUAAGUUCCUGAUUUAAAGCAACCUAAAUGCUAAAUAACACUGCUUAUAUCUGAAGGAACGUGAUUGUUCUCCAGUUUCAUUCUUUUGCAUCCAGAGAGACAGUAUUCUAUCCUAUAAAUUACUGUGAAUCCUUACACUAAAAAUGACAAAUACGUUGCCUGUGUUUGACAAUUUAAUUAACCUUCAUGACAACCAAAAUGUGCCUCCUCCAGAACUAAACAUCAGCAACUCGUGUCCAGCUAAUCUUCCUAAUGUAAAAAGGCAACUCACAGACUCAGAAGCAAGAGUGUUAGUUAAAAAGAGACAAAAGAAAGACAAUCACAACUUUAAUGAACGAAGAAGAAGAUUUAAUAUUAAUAAUCAUUUAAAAGAACUACGCACUUUAAUACCCAAUGACCCAAAUAUACACUGGGAUAAAACAACGAUCCUAAAAGCCUCAGUUGAUAACAUCCGUAAACUGCAAAGAGACCUGCAGUGCACAAAAGAGCUAGAAAACAACCUGAAGAAACUAGAACAUGCCAACGACCACCUGCUGCUCAGAAUACAGAAACUUGAGAUGCAAGCUCAAGCAUACAGACUGUUCCUUACUCCAUCUACAAACCUUUACUCCCCUGAUAUGAUCAACACAGUCAUCGAACAGGAGCCUGUGCUGGACAACUACACCCAAAACAUGAUGCCACAUCACGCAAACCUGUCCUGCACCACCACCACCCUCAACCUCACCGACAGCACCGUCACCUUCAGUGACAACCUUGGGAAUAUAACUGAACCAACUGGCACUUACAGUGUUCCUGUGCAAAUGAGAUCCAGACUAGAAGAUACCCUAAUGAACGAUCAAUAUUAGAAAUACUGUUCAAAUCCCAAGCUG